AAAUUAUAAAGAAAAAAUUAAAGUACUUUAAAACCACCACUAUAUAGUCUAUGUACACAUCUCCAUAUCUCACUCUCACAUUCACUCUCUACUCUCUCCCACAACAAAAUGGAGGAAGAAUAUGGCUCUUUAGGUUGGGCUUGCUACUUCCAAGAAGAGGGCAUAGAAGAAUUGAAGCAUUCACUAUUGUACAACACUUUGGAGUUGGAAAACACAAUUGUAUCUGCUCAGGAAGAGCUUGCAAGAAAAGAAGAUGAAAUGAUGCAUCUUCAGAGCCUGUUGAUCAAGACAAUUCAAGAAAGAGAUGAUGCACAAGCCAAAUGCCACAUGCUGAGUGUCGAAAAUUUUAAGCUGCAACAAAUGUUACAAACAUCUUCACUGACUGGUAGUAUUGAAAAUCUUGAAGCACCUAAAAAAGAAGACUCCCCUUCUUCAAAUUGCGACGAAAAUUUCAGUGCCUCACCAUCACCACUACCACUACCACCAUUAGGACAGAUGCAGGCGCCUGCAGCGCCGCCACCAGAGAUCAUAGAUGGGGCCCACAAGUUAGUUAUGGGAAAGGCAUUGCCAGAAUAUGGGAAAUUCUUGCAGGCAGUGAUGGAAGCAGGGCCACUUCUUCAGACACUUCUGCUAGCUGGUCCACUUCCACAGUGGCAGCAUCCUCCACCGCAGCUCAACUCAGGUGAAAUCCCUCCUGUGACAAUCCUGUCGCCGCCUCCUAAGCCCGGAGUCCUGCUCAUGCAGCAGCAGGAGCCUUGUGUAAGUACAAGUGCUUGUUUGUUCACUAAGAAGAGGAGCUUAGCUCAAUGUGAAGACUUUGAUUUUUGCCCAAGUGCCAAGAAUCAAAAAGUUGUUCAACAAUAUUCAUUGACCAGCUUCUAGUGCUACUACAACUUUACUUGUGCAGACUUAGUCCCCUUUAAACUGGCUUGUUUCGGCUAAAUAAGCAAUUAUUUAGCAAAAAUAAGCCAAUCCAAUCCAAGGGGGUUCUGAUACCAUCCAUCUUUUUCAAGCUGUUAAUUAGGCUUGAAAAGGUGAUGGUUAAUUUGCACUUAAUUAUUGAUUAUAGUUUGUAUGAUAGUUUGUAUUAGAAUGAUCAGACAUCCUAACUACUAAAAAUAGAGAGGCAGAGGUGUCUAAUCAAAGCCUUGUUAGCUUAUAGCAACUGCAGUCAUUUUUCUUUGAUUUUACUUCUUUUGUUGGUUUUGAGAGAGUUUUCCUAUGGUUUGCUCUUUGAUUAGCUUUUGAGUCCAGUUAAAGGAUUAGAUGCUUCCUCUUAACUUUCAGUUCUACUAAUAUUGUAAUUUUGGAAUCUUGAUAUAAUUCUUCACAACAUGGUGAGAAUUAUGAUUCUGUAUAUAUAAAAUAUUGAUCAUGUUUGAUA